GGGAAUAAUAAAACGUUAGGCGUGUCGGCGUCUGUUUUUUACGCGUUCGACGCCGAGAAUUGUGGUUUCAUCGAUCGUUCCGGUACCGAUCUCACAUCGUACCGGUGACGACGAUAACCUGUUCCCUACGAAUCGCCUCGACCGGAUAACGGAAUGUCAAGAGUGCACGUGACCGCGACGCCGCGACGCUCCGAGAAUGCCUGGAUCGUGGACGCGCGGCGAUAGCGUACCUUGACGAGAUAAAACGGAACAUUAGAGCUGACUACGUCGUGCGGCAUCGCGAUACAUGUGUCCGUCGUUCGUCAGCGUGCGAGGGAGGGUAUGCUCUUAUGGGGUAGCAAGCGGGCGGUAGCCUUUGUCGUGGAAUGGAGACGGAGAGCGUAAAGUCCGGGGCUAGCGAGCAUAGCCAUAGCCACCACAGCAGGAGCUCCCAGAAGCAUCAUAGAUCUCACAGUUCAAAACAGCAUCACAGGCAGCAUUCUCACCGCACCACUAGGAGCAAUCGAAGUCAAAGAAAGGAGAGACAGAAUUUGGAUACUAGUGAAAUGGCACCGUUUCAAACAACAGUCAACGUACGAGGAGACAGUGUGGAUAACAUGGGGCAAGAAGUGAUCGAGGUGCAAAUAUUGCCUCAGGAUGAGAAUUGGGGAGAGAAUACUACAGCCGUCACUGGUAACACCUCGGAUAGGUCAGAAUCGACUGAGGAUGUAAGCCACUGGCCAAACGAAACCGAUAGCACGUUUGGUUCCAGCUGCAAUCGUUAUGUUGGUCCAAUCGUGGCAAUGAUACUCGGGAUAAGCGCCUUUCUUAGUCCUAUAGCCAUGGUCAUUUUGCCUAAACUGGGAUUCUUUCCCGACUCGACGACGGUACUGACGAUGCAACAGAAAUUGCAUCUACUGUCAUGUAACGCCGAGUGCAAAGGUGAACUGCUAGGAUUGGCCUUCAAACUGGUGCUACUGGUCAUCGGUAGCUGGGCAGUGUUCCUGCGUCCGCGAACCGCUACCAUGCCACGCAUAUUUUUAUUCAAGGCAGGAGUGUUGCUACUCACCACCCUGUGCAUUUGUACUUAUUGGCUUUUUUAUGUUGUACAGGUCACCGAGAGUGCUAAGACUGUUGCCAAUGGCGAAAUAACAGAGUACAAAAGUUUAGUAAAUUAUGCAGGUACCCUUGCUAAUACACUCCUGUUUAUACAUUACACCGCAGUGCUCCUUAUCGAAGUUCGUCAUUUACAACCUACGUUUUAUCUUAAGGUCGUUAGAUCGCCGGAUGGUGAAUCGAGAUCUUAUGCAAUUGGCCAGUUAUCGAUACAAAGAGCAGCCGUAUGGGUUCUAGAAAAAUACUAUACAGAGUUUCCAAUUUACAAUCCAUAUUUGGAAAGGUUGCCGGUCUCGAAGUCUGGUAGAAAGCAAUCAAGUUUCAAGUUUUACGAAGUUGACGGUGGAGUGACCGGUGGUAUGCAAUCGCGCGCCGGAAGCGGGGAUCGGGCAGUCCUGACAGCACAAGCGCGUCGUCGUGAUUCGAGUCACAAUGAGCGCUUCUACGAGGAGCAUGAUUACGAACGACGAGUGCGGAAACGUCGUGCAAGGCUCAUUACUGCCGCCGAAGAGGCGUUUGCGCAUAUCAAACGUUUGCAUUCCGAGGUAGAAUCCACACCAAAUCCUGGACCGAUGGACCCUAUGGAAGCUGCACAAGCGGUGUUUCCUUCUAUGGCAAGAGCUUUACAGAAAUAUUUAAGAAUCACCCGGCAACAGCCGCGUCAUUCCGUAGAAUCUAUUUUGAACCGUCUCGCCCGAUGUUUGGCUCAAGAUGCGGCGCCGCGCGCCUUCCUAGAACCAUUCUUUGCUGCGAGUCCGGUGCUAUCAAACGAGAAAGAAAGACAAAAACGAUCGCAUCACUGGGCCUUGGUAUGCGAAGGAGAGCUACCCUCUCGCCCGAUCGCUAACGGUUGUGAGUUUCAGUUGAGACAGGGCGAAGUGGCACUCUUGUGUACAGCACAUAGAUUACCGCAUUUUAAUCUCACCGAACAAUUAGCACAUCCUAAAUCAAACAAAUUUCUUUUGCGUUUGAACUCGGAAACCUCAGUUUAAGAUACUCGAUAAAGUUUAUC